AAAUAGUGAGAUCUCAAAUAGACCGACAUAACAGCAGGAGUGAUCUAACCUUCUACACCCCCAACACACCGCUUUUCGGAGCUCUGGCACGGACUGACGUUAGUUUAAAAAGAUAGAGGUGGAUCUCUGUGACUAGGACCACAGCAGAGAGUCAUGGAAGAGCUGACGGCGUUCGUUUCUAAAUCGUUCGACCAGAAAGCAAAGGAGAGCAGUAAGAAGGAGAGUAUUACAUACAGGGAAGUUUUGGAGAGUGGUUUAGCGCGAACUAGGGACCUGGCAAACUCGGACUCAAGCCUUCAGGACAUUAGUGAAACUGGGAACCAUUGUCCGGUGCAUCUGUUCAAAGACCACGCCGAGCUGGAAAAGGACAAACUGAAGGAGUUUAACAUGACCAGGACGUCUGAAGGCAUUUAUGAAUGCAAGGAAAAGAAAGAGGAAGUGAAAUCAGAAGACGAGGACGGACAGAGCAAGCUGAAACAAAGGCGAAGUCGGACAAAUUUUACUUUGGAGCAGCUGAACGAGCUCGAACGUCUGUUCGAUGAGACGCAUUACCCGGAUGCCUUCAUGAGAGAAGAACUGAGCCAGAGAUUAGGAUUGUCGGAGGCCCGGGUUCAGGUCUGGUUUCAAAACAGAAGAGCUAAAUGUCGGAAACAGGAAAAUCAAAUGCACAAAGGUGUUAUUUUGGGUACAACAAAUCAUCUAGAUGCCUGCAGAGUUGCUCCUUAUGUUAAUAUGGGUGCAUUAAGGAUGCCUUUUCAACAGGUCCAGGCCCAGUUACAAUUGGAAGGAGUCGCGCACACACACCCGCACCUCCACCCGCACCUUGCAGCUCAUGCUCCUUACCUCAUGUUCCCGCCCCCUCCCUUUGGACUGCCAAUUGCAUCACUCGCAGAUACCGCCUCUGCAGCAGCAGUAGUGGCCGCGGCCGCCAAGAGCAACAGCAAAAACUCCAGCAUCGCCGAUCUCCGGCUGAAAGCAAGAAAACAUGCCGAAGCCCUGGGGCUCUGACCUUGGAGGGGAACUUUUACUAUGUGACUUUUUAAACAGACUAUUGCUGCAAAAAGGCCAUGACACAUGAAAAAGACAACAAAAAACAAGCAAACAUAAAAAAAAACAAACUCUCAGAGAAGCAGCUGCCAAAACAAAACCACUUCUUAGAUAAUAAUUAAAUACCAAUGAAGUACAGUCGGCUUUCAUUAGUUUUUUCUUUUCCUAAUCUUUUUUUUUUAAACUCAAAAUGGCCAAGAACUUGUUGAAGGUGUCAGAUAUAAAUAACUUGUUGGAUCCUUUUACAGUCAACUUUAUUUUGAGUUGGGAGACAUGCAUGGAACUUGCACGGAAAGCUGGAUUCUAUGCUACUUGAUGUCCAAACAUUAAAUGCAUACAUUAUAUAUUUACAUACUCAUACAUAAACAUAACUAUAUAUAUUUAUAUGGAAAACAUCUUUCCAAAAGGACACACAGAGCAGUUUCUUUUUUUUUUUUAGCUGACAGCAGGAAAAGACAAUAAGGCCUUGGACUUUCAAGCUCACAAAAUGGCCAUACACAUCUUCUCCAACCAUUGCGUAAUUGUCCUGUCUUGGUGCAUGAGUCGAUCUUUGGGGCUGGUCUCCACUGCUUUCACUUUAUCAUAAAUAUUAUGUUCACUGCCAUGAAAGUAUUUUGCUGUUUAAGCUCUGCUGCAAAAAAGAAAAAAAAAGCCUUUCAGUGUAGCUGCAGACAUUUGGGAAACAGCAAUAACAACCUCCUAUUUCAAAUGUGUUAUAUUUGUUUUUCAUGCUUUGUACUCUUUUUAGUUUUGAAAGGGAAUGGUGUCUCCCUUGGUGCAUUUUUCAUGGUUUUACAUGACAAAAAGCAUAUGACCAUAUUAUUGGGGGUUGUUUGGUUUUGCCAAUUGACUGUGUUUUGAUUUGACUUGGGAAUGAAGUGUUUCAUGUUGUUUACAAUCAGUGGAAUAAGCAAAUGCUCCUUUUCAAACAGGCAGUUGAAGCCAAUAGUAACAAAACAGUAAUUCAAAAAUUGGUUUGAAGUCUUGAUUAUCUCAAAAAUCUCGUAACAUGCCACAAACAAGGGUUUUAAAGUGGUUUAAGAAAGGAUAAAGGGUACUUAUGAUUAUUUAAUUUUAAAUGGCAUAUUAGUUUAACUAAAUUGCAAUUAUGUGCAGUAAAGUGCAAUACUGUAAAUAUUGAUAUUUUUUUUUGUUAGAAUAGAAGAAAACUAUUAAGGAAAUGAACAGCAAUCUUCAGUCUUUUAAGCACUAUAAUCAGUGCAUUGUAUUUUCUUGCCAAACAAACAGACAUUGUUUUUUUCUAACUGAUGUAAAAUUAUGACUUCAUCAGCAAAUGUGCCAUAAUCCCAGUAGAUCAAUGAUAUUUAAUACUUAAUUUUGUAUGCAUAACUAAAGAAAAUAACAAUAAUGUGUUGAGGUAGACAAAAGCACUUUCAUUGUAUGUUGUAUGGUCCAACAACAGAAAGACUAGGAUCAUAAACAAAGCAUAUUGUUACUGCUAAUUGUAUUAGCAUACAAGUUAAAACAGCAUAAUUUCACUCUAGUUUAAGUCAGCCUGUUUUCCAUCAUAGUGAACACACAUUACCUCAAAGUUAUUAUUUUGUCUUUCAAUGAGUCCCAAAAUGAAAAAGGUUGCAAUUAACAGAAUCAGCUGCUCUUCAAAGAUGCUUACAUAGUUUUUUUGUGAAUUAAGAGACCCUGGUACGACAACUAGUGCUUGUUUAUAAAAAAGAUGAUCCUAGUAUACGUCUACCUCUAACAGUACAUUAGUGGUGAAGCACAUUUUUGUUCAUAAGCCAUUUAAGCAAUUACUUUGUAAUAUCAAUUUUUAAUUAGACAAUUCAUGUCAUGGGUGCUUUUAUUUAUUCUGUUGUUUGAAAGUUUAUAAAUGAGAAUAUUUUAAAUAUGACUGUAAAUUUUACAUUGCUUCGCAUUUAUUUUUAUAUAUUUUUUUAAAUGUUCCAUUUUGCCACCUUUGAACAGCCAGUGUGAAUGCAUAGUUUAAGUGUUUUCGAGUUUACAGAUAUUUCAGGGAUGCUUCAAGUAAGAAACAGAAGUUUGCUUUCGUCAGUUUAUUCAUACAGUAUUUUUAAGUCUACACAAUUUGUUAAAAAUAAUUUUUUGGUUCUGUGUUCUUUGCAAGCAUGUCAGUCAGGAGUUCAUCAGACAGUUAAGUUCAAAGGUGUGUUUUGUUGGAUCACGCAAUCUGAAUGUACAUCUUGUACAAGUAAAGUAUUAAUAAAGUUCUAAACAUUUGUAAAAGGUUGUAACAAUAAUAUAUUAUCUGUAUAAUGA